AUGAACUGUAGAGCUGAUCCUGCAUAUGAGUCUGGCGCUUGGGAUUUUGUGCAUGUGGUUAGGGACACAUUAGGAGAAUCAGAGCUGGUUAUAUGCCCAUGCAUAGAUUGCCGAAACAAUGAUAGACAUUCAUGUAGUGUUGUCGUAGAUCAUUUAGUAACUAGAGGAAUGGAUGAGGCCUACAAAAGACAGAUAGAUUGGUAUCAUCAUGGUGACUCCGUUUCUGAAAUUGAGCGUAAGGGAAAUCAGUGGAAUGAUGAGAUUAUGGGGUUGUAUAAAGCUGCUGCAUACUUAGAUGAUGGGAUGGUUUCGAAGGAUAUUGACUUAGGAGAGAUAGCCGAGGGUGAAGACAAGAAAGAAGACGAAUUUCUUGCAAAGCUAGCAGAUGCCGAGAUGCCGUUGUACCCAACUUGUACAAGCCAUAGCAAGCUAUCUGCUACUGUCUCACUAUUCAGAAUCAAGACACAGAAUGGGUGGUCUGAUAAGAGUUUCAACGAUCUGCUAGAAGCUUUGCCAAACAUGUUACUGGUGGACAAUGUUCUACACACAUCAAUCUAUGAUGUGAAGAAGUUUCUGAGAUCGUUCGAUAUGGGUUACGAAAAAAUACACGCUUGUGUCAACGAAUGUUGUCUUUUCAGAAAGCAGUUCAAGAAACUGGACUCUUGUCCUAAAUGCAACGCCUCAAGGUGGAAGAUCAAUCUACAUACUGGUGAAGUAAAGAAAGGCGUCCCAGAGAAGGUUUUGAGGUACUUUCCGAUCAUCCCGCGUUUGAAGAGGAUGUUUAGGUCCGAGAAAACUGCAACGGACUUAAUAUGGCACUUCAGUAACAAGAGAAACGACGGAAAGAUGUCUCACCCUGUCGACUCUGCAACGUGGGACCAGAUGAAUAACAAAUACCCAGACUUUGCAUCUGAACCAAGAAACGUGCGGCUAGGGCUUUCAACAGAUGGGUUUAAUCCUUUCAGUAUGAAGAAUAGUACGUAUAGUUGCUGGCCAGUACUGAUGGUGAAUUACAACAUGGCUCCAGACCUCUGUAUGAAGGAAGAAAAUGUCAUGCUCACAUUGCUUAUACCUGGUCCACACCAGCCAGGAAAUAGUAUCGACGUUUAUCUAGAGCCUCUGAUAGAAGAUCUACAACAUUUGUGGACUAAUGGAGAAACCGCAUACGAUGCCUCUAGCAAGACAACUUUCACUUUGAAGGCAAUGCUUCUCUGGACAAUCAGCGAUUUCCCUGCAUUCGGAAAUCUUGCAGGAUGCAAAGUCAAAGGGAAAAUGGGAUGUCCUGUGUGUGGGAAAAAUACAGACAGUUUGUGGUUGACUAACUGCAGAAAGCAUGUCUAUAUGUGUCACAGAAAGGGAUUGUCACCUACACAUCGCUUUAGAGGAAAAAAAACAUGGUUUGAUGGAAAAGCGGAACAUCGGACUAAGGAAAGGAUUCUGACGGGUAGCAACAUUUCGACACUACCGAGAAACUUCAAGAAUGAUUUUGGGAAUAAGAAACAGACAGGGAAGAAGAGAUCUAGAGCUGUUGCUAUUAGAAUAACAUCAGACAACGAAGAUGAAGACAGUGAGGAAGAAAAGGUGCAAGAGUUUGACAAGGAGGAACUGUCAAGACAUAACUUAGACGUUAUGCAUGUGGAGAGAAAUGUUGCGGCAAGCGUUAUUGCAACAUUGCUACAUUGUGGAAAGUCCAAAGAUGGUCUGAAUGCUCGUAAGGAUCUAGAGCUUCUUGGUAUAAGGAAAGAUUUACAUCCAAAAAUUCAAGGUAAGAGGACCUUACUUCCAGCCGCUCCUUGGACUCUCUCUAAAGCAGAGAAGAAGAUUUUUUGCAAGCGACUUUAUGAUUUCAAAGGUCCUGACGGAUACUGUUCCAGUAUAUCGAGCUGCAUAUCUCUAGACGAUUGUAAGGUCAUGGGACUGAAGUCACAUGACUAUCAUGUGCUAAUGCAGCAGUUGCUCCCAGUUGCAAUUAGAGGAUUGCUGCCUAAAGGUGUUAGGAUAGCUAUUGUUCGGUUAAGCAAGUUCUUCAACUGCUUGUGCCAACGAGUUAUUGACAGAGAACAAAUUCUGGUAAUGGAGAAUGAAAUUGUGGAGACACUAUGCAUGUUCGAACGUUUUUUCCCUCCGAGUUUCUUUGAUAUCAUGGUGAAUCUGUGUGUCCAUCUUGGGAGAGAAGCCAGGCUUGGCGGACCUGUCCACUUCAGAUGGAUGUAUCCUUUCGAGAGGUACAUGAAAGUUUUGAAAGAUUUCGUGAGAAAUCCUGCAAGGCCAGAGGGUUGUAUAGCUGAGUCGUAUCUCGCAGAAGAAUGUAUGCAAUUUUGCAGUGCUUUCUUGAAGAAGACAACCAAUGUAGAAGAGAAACUUGAUAGGAACACUGACUAUGAGAGCAACUCCAUACUCGAAGGUCGUCCAAUAUCAGCCGCUACUUCAUUCACUCUCUCUGAAAUGGAGAAGAAAAUUGCCCACCUUGCUGUCAUUCAAAAUACGGCUUUAGUGGAUCCUUUUGUAGACAAACAUCUACAACAUCUGCAAGACACCAACGCUAGAUGUAAGCGUGAUGCAAGUUUCUUAUGGACUACGGACACACAGAAUUUUGCAGCAUGGCUCAAGCAGCAGAUAUCACUUGAUUCUGUGGACCAUGAUGACACACUUAAGUGGUUAGCAUAUGGACCACGAUCUACUGCAAGAUCGUAUAGUGGAUAUAUCAUUAAUGGAUUGCGGUUUCAUACUACCUCAGUACACAGAUUAAGUCAGAACAGUGGUGUGUUCUACGAAGCUACAGCCAUGUGUAGAUCCAGCGCUAGAGACACGACACAAGUAGUUGAUCUAGUGUCCUACUAUGGAAGGGUCGUCGACAUAAUAUUGUUGGAUUACAAUGUAUUCUACGUUCCUCUUUUCAAGUGUCAAUGGGCAGUUAGAGGAAAUGGUGUAAAAGUUGAAGAUGGUUUCACGUUAGUUAAUCUGAAUCAAAGCCAAGCGUCGUUUUCAAGAGAUCCUUACAUACUGGCCUCCCAAGCAAAACAAGUGUUCUAUUCUCGGGAAAGUGAUGACUCCAAUUGGUAUGUUGUUAUGAGAGGUCCAUCAAGAAGAUAUAACAAUGAAGACCUUCAAGAUGGACAUGCAGAUGUUGGACCACUGCCUUCCAAUGUAGACAUGAGCAUGGAGGACUUGAAUGACGACUCACAGAAUGCUCGUAGUGAUGCUGAAGGCAUAUAUGUCUGA